AGUCGAGGUGACUAAAACUGUUCAGUCUAACUAACUUAUCACUUACCCAUGGUAAUCCAGCCGCUGCUUUUUAUCUCGUUCCGACUUCUAUCCACCAAAACACAUAUUUGGUAGAUUUUGGGCAUAGCAAAGUCGUCUGCUUGAGCUCAAUCUCUUCCGGGCAAUCGUCCGCGGUGCGCAGGUAUUCAACUCUUCUUGAGCAGAUCCGCCGAAAAUUUGACGCACACAUUCAUGUACACUUUUGUUCUCUGCAACUGCCACAGAAGCACACACUACACCAUCUUACAUUGUUUCUCCGCUUGUUGACCGUUACAAACCAAUGGCUCCUUCAACAAGCCGGCCAAUCGCAGGGGCAGCUCACCACCAAUAUUCUCCGAGGAAUUCCUAUGUCGGGACAUCUCCUCUAGCACGGCAAGCUAUAGCUCGAGAUCUUCGCGAUGAUGUUGAGGAUCCGCGUCAUCCAGAGGCUUCGCUUGAAGACGGCGCAACCGGCAGCGAAGACGAGGCCGCAAGUGAUUCAGAAUCUUCCACUGUUCGACCUUUAAAGCAUCAAUCGUCAAUGGGUUAUUCCAUGACGGGCUCAUAUCAUCGUCCCAGCUUCGUGGCCUCAGGCCCCAGGGGUACCGUGUUAUCAUCACUCCAGUUACCAGAUCAGAACUACCUGACCAAGGAGGAGAUUGAACGCAUCAAUAACGACGAGAGGAGUUUACUUCGGGACAAUCACAUGAUACCUCCAAAACAUCCGCGACGAUUGAGUGAGUCAUCCGGGCAUUUCACCAGUCGUAUCGGUCGACAGUUGUCGAUUCGCGGCGAUAGGAGAAAGAGCAAGCAUGACGAAGAGACUGCAGGGACGUCACAGGCGGGCCCAGCAGAUGAGCCACCAUCGGAGACCACAGCCCUGCUUGGGGACAAUCAGCUUCCCUAUGGCGGCGAAGAUACACCAGAUAAUAUUGAUAGGAAGUGGGAGGCGGCGGUUGCUGCAGGCAAGAUCCAGACUUCUUGGCAAAGAGAAGCUAAAGUCUUGGGCAAAUAUUCUCGUUCGCUGAUUGUUACAUUCCUGCUACAAUAUUCUUUGACCGUCGCCAGUAUCUUCACCGUCGGACGCCUGGGAAAGCUUGAGCUUGGUGCUGUCAGUCUGGCCAGCAUGACAGCUAAUAUUUUCGGAUACGCCAUCUAUCAGGGCCUCGCGACAAGUCUGGACACCCUCUGUGCGCAGGCGUACGGGUCGGGACGGAAGCACCUCGUUGGUCUGCAGUUCCAGCGAAUGGUCUUUUUUCUCUGGGUCAUCACCAUCCCAAUUGGGAUUAUCUGGCUGAGCGCAUCGGCCAUCCUUAAGCACAUCAUUCCCGAAGCCAAGCUGGCCGAAUUAGCGGGACUCUAUCUGAAAGUCCUCCUAAUCGGUGCACCAGGCUACGCAGCAUUUGAGAGUGGCAAGAGGUUUGUCCAGGCUCAAGGCUUGUUCUCUGCCAACAUGUACGUGCUAUUAUUCUGUGCUCCUCUCAACGCUUUUUUGAACUGGCUCCUUGUUUGGAAGCUGAAAUUCGGUUUCGUUGGAGCGCCCAUUGCCGUCGCGGUGACUGAUACCGCCCUGCCUCUCUGUCUCCUCCUCUAUGUCCGUUUCGUCGCCGGCCGCGAGUGCUGGGGAGGCUUUACCUGGCGCGCAUUCCACAAUUGGGGGCCCAUGAUCAAAUUGGCUCUCCCCGGCCUGGUCAUGGUUGAAGCCGAAUUCCUCGCUUUUGAAAUCUUGACUCUGGUCGCGAGCUAUAUUUCGACAACGCAUCUUGCGGCGCAGUCGGUGCUGAGCACCAUCACGUCAAUCACAUUUCAAAUCCCUUUUCCCAUCUCCAUCGCGGCUUCUACCCGCAUUGCCAAUCUUAUCGGCGCCACACUCUCCGACGCGGCGAAAACCGCUGCCAAGGUUUGCAUCGUCGUCGCCUGCAUCGUCGGCAUUUGCAAUAUUACCUUGCUCAGCACCCUCCGCAAUUACAUUCCUCAGCUCUUCACUAAUGACCCGGAUGUCAUUGAGCUUGUUGCCAAGAUUCUGCCGCUCUGCGCCGCCUUCCAGCUUUUUGAUGCCCUAGCUGCCAAUUGCGGUGGUAUCCUUCGCGGCCUCGGCCGCCAGGAAGUUGGUGGCUAUGCCAACCUCUUCUGCUACUAUGCUAUUGCCAUGCCUUUGUCAUUUAGCACCUGUUUUGUUCUUCAUUGGGACUUGUUCGGUCUGUGGACUGGUCCGGCUCUUGCCCUCGGACUCGUCGCUCUCAUCGAAGGCAUCUUUAUCGCACGCACGAGCUGGGACCAUGCUGUGGAAGAAGCACAAAAACGAAACACAUUAACUUGAUUACUUACGAAGAACCUGCACGCAUAUGUAGGUUGCUCCAGAGUGUGAGUAAUUGUGCAUAUUUUUGGUUCAAGCAUCUGCAUUUGCCUGUGUAACUUUCUUCUUCUUGUCUAUUUACGUAGGAGAUUACUAGAACGCAUUGGGGUAUUGUAUUCUCCUUGAUAUCGUGUUAGAUGUCUUUCGCGUUAUCUUGUCUUAGCAGAGAGACAUCACUUCGAACAUGUUAACUAGCAAGAGCGUGCUUGUACACUCAAUAAUAUAACGAAUAGACGAGAAUUUGAACUUGG